UCACUCGCAUGUAUGCUAAAGUUGAUUAACGAGCUCUUUUUGUAAGGUUUUUUUUUUGUAAAAAAAACAGCGCAACUGAUCAGCGUGACACAACUGCGAGCUCGGUUACUCGCUCGUGUGUAGUGCCGAACGCGCACUGUAUUCUCGUCGUGAUUGGAAAGUAGUUCCGGUUAGCCGAGGCGCACAAAAGGAGCCGCUGCAGGCAGUGAAGUGGUACAUUCGAUUCCCUGCAAAGUUCAACCUAAAGGCAUCGUCCCAAAGGCACUUUUGUCCAGUCAUGUCGAAGUCUAAGGAUUCCUCCAUCAUCCACACCCAGCAGCUCCAUGCUGCCAUGGCGGACACCUUCAUCGAGCACAUGUGCCUGCUGGACAUUGAUUCUGAACCUGCUGUGUCCCGGAACACCGGCAUCAUCUGCACUAUUGGACCUGCCUCACGAUCUGUGGACAUGGCCAAAGAAAUGAUCAAGGCCGGGAUGAACAUUGCAAGAAUGAACUUCUCACACGGCACACAUGAAUACCAUGCAGAGACGAUCAAGAACGUCCGUGAAGCAGCAGAGAGCUUUGGAGCAGGCUCUGUUGGCUACAGGCCAGUGGCCAUCGCUUUGGACACUAAGGGACCAGAAAUCAGGACCGGGCUCAUCAAGGGCAGUGGCACCGCUGAGGUGGAGCUGAAGAAAGGUGACACCAUCAAACUGACUCUUGAUGACAGCUACAAGGAGAAGUGUGAUGAGAAGACUCUGUGGCUCGACUACAAAAACAUCACCAAGGUCGUUCAGAAAGGAAGUCACAUCUACGUUGAUGACGGUCUGAUUUCCCUCAAGGUCAAAGAAAUUGGUAGCGACUACUUGGUGUGCGAGAUUGAAAACGGCGGAAUGUUGGGCAGCAAGAAAGGCGUCAACCUGCCUGGCGCUGCUGUUGACCUGCCCGCCUUGUCUGAGAAGGACCUUCUGGACCUGCAGUUUGGCGUGGAACAGGGCGUGGACAUGGUGUUUGCUUCCUUUAUCCGUAAGGCUGCUGACGUUCAUGCUGUCAGGAAAGCUCUGGGUGAGAAGGGCAAGGACAUCAAGAUCAUCAGCAAGCUGGAGAACCACGAGGGGGUGCGCAGAUUUGAUGAGAUCCUGGAGGCUAGCGACGGCAUCAUGGUUGCCCGUGGAGAUCUGGGUAUUGAAAUCCCAACAGAGAAGGUCUUUAUCGCUCAGAAGAUGAUGACUGGCAGGUGCAACAGGAUGGGCAAGCCUAUCAUUUGUGCCACACAGAUGCUGGAGAGCAUGACCAAGAAGCCUCGUCCUACCCGUGCAGAGGCCAGUGAUGUCGCCAAUGCCGUGCUGGAUGGCAAUGACUGCAUCAUGCUGAGUGGGGAGACAGCCAAGGGUGACUACCCUCUGGAGGCAGUGCGCACGCAGCAUCAGAUUGCCCGUGAAGCCGAGGCCGCCAUGUUCCACAGGCAGAUGUUUGAGGAGCUGCGCCGCAUCUCGCAUCUGACGCGCGACCCCACGGAGUCUGUCGCCAUUGGUGCAGUGGAGGCGUCCUUCAAAUGCUGUGCCAGCGCCCUGAUUGUGCUCACCAGGAGUGGCAGGUCUGCUCACAUGCUGUCGAGGUACAGGCCCCGUGCCCCCAUCCUUGCCGUCACCCGCUGCGGUCAGACAGCCCGCCAGGCUCACCUCUACCGCGGUAUCUACCCUGUGCUCUACACCAAACCUGCUAAUGAUGUCUGGGCUGAGGAUGUUGACCUGCGUGUCAACUUUGCCUUGGACGUUGGCAAGCACCAGAACUUCUUCAAGACCGGUGAUGUCGCCAUCGUUGUAACCGGUUGGCGCCCAGGCACUGGGUACACCAACACCAUGAGAGUGGUUCUGGUGCCUUGAGUUCCCUCAGAGGACGUUAGUGACCUGGCCCUCCUCCUGUCUUGUAACCUAAUGAGCAAAAUGUCACUCAUCCAAAAAGACUUUUCAUGAUUUUCGCCCCCGCAAGAUUGUCAAAAUUUUGCUGCCGCAGACUUUUAUGGCACAUGUGUGACUUCGCCAUCAAAUAAACACAGAUCUUGUAUUUUAUCGCCCUUUUAAACGGUCCCUGACAUUCAUCCACUUUGCUUAAGUGCUGUAUGUUAUACUGUAUGUUGUUUGUAAUUUGGAAAAAAUACAUUUGUAGUUCAUGGAACCAGCCAUGACGGACAAGUUGUCGCAGCUCAACCUAAUUUCCGGCUGUGACGUCAUCAGGGUAACAUCGCUCAGCUACACAAACGUAGCGGUUUACGGGACGGAGGAUGUUUACAGUCAUUAUAAUCCAACCCAGGUCUUCCCGAGCUCCAGACUGUGACUGUGUGGCCAACAUGCUAACCACUCGGCCCGGCAUAACUGCCAUUUUGAUGAAAAAUAUACUGAACCAAGUAGAUGGCCGACCUCAGAAGUGUUUGUUUACUCCGCUUUAGCUGAGCAGUAUGACCCUGAUGACGUCACCUCCAGAAAUGAGGCUACAAAUGUCACUUUAGCGAAUUUACUGUUGGCUUCCAACCAUUCAAACAAUGUAGCUCACAAUUACAAACAAUAUACAAGCAAAGUAAAAUAUAAAAGCAAUUGAAGUAAAGUUGAUGAAUCAUGUCACGGACCCUUUAAUGUCCACAAUGAAACUGCUAGUGUUGUCAUGCCAUGGUUUCAAUGAAUUAAAAGGAACUCUUGAAA